CUGACCUCCUUCCUCCCUCUGCCUUCUCCUCCCCCGGUGCAAGAAGCCGGCCAGCUCCAUGUAUGAUGGCGAUGGCGAUGCGCCCAUGUGUGUGAGUGCCCACCCAGACCCAUAUAUAGCUUUCUCCCACUAGUAGCUCCUGGAUCCCCCGCCCGCAGAAUCAAUCAAUAGGGAGAAAAGGAAGCAAAGGAGGCAUCACUUGAUCAGCCAGCAAGCAAUCAGGGUUGAUGCUUGCCAAGUAACAACUAACUAUUUUUAGUUGCCCCACACACUGGUAUUAUAUAGCUAGGUCCUAGAUCUUCUAUAGCUUUUGCUUGUGGUUGCGUCAAUCGAUUUUGUUUGCCAUGGAGAAAGGAGGUGUUUCUUCCAUGGAUGCCAGCGUCGGCCAGGACGUGUGGGACUGGGAGGUGCUGCCUGACGGACAUAGGAGCUUCUACGCCGAGAGCAGGGCUGCACCUCCAUCCUCUGGACACGGUGUCGGCCAGGUUCUUCUUGCCGUUCCAGAUCAAAAACUAGAGGAGCCGCUCCUGCCUCCUCCAUCAGAAGCCGAUGAGUGCAAAGACAUCGGCGUCGUGCCAGCCGAGACCCAAGAAGAGCACACACCGAUGCCGCCGGUGUCUCAACUGCUGCUCUCUGACAGCGACGACGGAGAGCAGAGCUCCGACAACGCUAAGGAGGCAGUUGACGAUGGCAAACCGGUGGAGGUGCCAGAAGCUACAGCAGCGGAUCCUCCUCCACACGAGAUCGAGGUCGCCGAAGGAGAGGAGGGGGAGGAAGAGACGAAGAAGGGGAAGAGGGCGCGGCCGGAGUGCGUGGUGUUCAGCGUGGGGAAGCUGCGGGUGAACGGGAUCGGGGCGCUGUGUUCGUUCGGGGUUGCGGCGGCCACCGUGUGCGUGUUCCUCGUCGGCGGCAAGCUGCAGCACCAGCAGAAGCAGCAGCACCAGCAGAAUAUCCAGCUGCAGUUCCUUGGCGAUGAUAAGAGAAUUCAGCAGGUUGUGCAGCAGACAUCAAGGCUGAACCAGGCCGUGUCAUCCAUGAUGGGCGCAGGCGCUUCCACAAGGGCAAAAAUAUCCUUCGGUGGCUUCUACGAUGGCUUCUGAUCAAGCCGGCGGCAAUGAAGGACCGAUUCAUGUGAAAUUCCGGCGAAUUCAACCAUGACCAAGUAGUGUACAUGCUGCUCGGUAUUGUGCCAAUUAGCAGAUACUACUACGGCCUGGCUAGCAGUGGUCGUUAUGUAUAGCAUCGAUCGCGUGCUUGUACAUAAUGCACGCUAUAGUGAAUGUAAAUAAUUGGGGUGCUAGACCGUACAUGGACAGAUGGACUGAGGAUGUUAAGUAGAUUUGUUAUUAGUUGAUACUACAUAACCUAAGGGACAGUAGCGAUUAUUUGAUUUGUACCGGAAUAGGUUAUGCUUAAUGGAGACGAUUACUGGUUA